AGCCACAAGGGUGAAUAGCUUCAUCCUCUCACAAUUUCAGUUGUCGCGGUCUCUGCCAAGCUCGCACCUCUCUUCACUGGAGAUUGAUCAUCAUCAUUAGAAGAAGAAGAGGCAGCACAGCAUCACCAUGGUGAAGAGACGAGAAGUAAGCCGCUCCAAGUCCUUAUCCGCCAAACGACCGUCGAAGGCUGGAGACUUGCGGGCGAAACCAAGGACGAGUACGAGAAGUGGAAGGACUGGGCGACUUAGCAACAAGAAUGCCACCGUUGCUUCCAACGAUGUCGACAAGAACGAUCUCACGGAUAUUGAGAUCGAGGCAGCAAUGCCUGCCACUCGAUCCAGCUUGAACGUAUCAAAGACAAACCAAAAUGUGUCAAUCUUCAAGAGAACACUCAGUGCCGAUGCCUGGGGAUCUAUGCAGCAACAACCAAGAGAAGAGGAGAAACCAACCAAGAAUGCUUCCUGGUUGUCGCCUAAGCGAUCCUCCCGAUUAGAGCGUGCCUUGUCGUUUCGAGCUUUUAGUAAGAAGCUUGUGGGUAGCAACAAGUCGCUAGCUAUGGAAGGCCUCGGCGGUGGCGGUCAUGAUUCCUUCAACUUCUCGGUGGAUAUGCUUUCGGAUUCGGACAAAGACAGCAACGGCAGCAACGGCAACAAUAAGAGCAAGGGCGUGGAGACUGCUGGUACUUCGGCUCCUCGGGCCAGUCUCUACACUUCGUCUCCUAGCCAUCGAAGUCUGAUGGCAGAUCCCCUGGCUCCUCGUCAAGGGCUGUAUACGUCGUCUCCCACAAAGCGAGGUCUCGCGUUAGAUGAAGAUGAUGAUGGUCAGGAUCCAAGUGAUCUGUCCUCUCCCGCCGGACUCUAUCCCCGUGCCUCCUUGUCCUCAUUGAGUUCACCCGUGCGAGAACCAUAUCAUCAGAGACCCUCGGAUGUUGCCAGCAUUGCCAUCAAUAGCUUUUACCAUCAUGGCGAUGACGACGAUGAUAGCUAUGCUCCCACAACCGCUGCAGAUGCUGUGGAGAUUCGACUUCGAGAGCUUCAGCACCAGCACAAAGGUUCAGCCAGGAUGGGUUUGCUCCGAUCCAGUUCCAUGAAGCGAGUGACGUCCAUUGGUUCGAGCAGCCAAAGUAACAACAGUUCCUUAUCUCCAAAACCAACCACACUCAGAAGGAACCACUCUGGAGCAUCAAUCAAGAGAACAUCCUUGGAUGACCUGCGUCCUCCGAAUCUGUACCGCGCAACUUCUGCCUCAUCCAAUGGCGCGGCUCCAAGAAAACGGCCGACGCUGGAUCUUUUUCUUGGUGGUUGCAACCAGGACGACGAUGAUGAGGCGCUUACCCGCGCUUCAGAUCAUGACGAUGCUGUGGUAGAGAACAUGCUGGCAGGUCUGGGUACUGUAAAGAGGGAUUCAGGUCGUGCCAAGCAUACGGAUGAAGAGGCAGGCUUGUCACCCCGCAACAGCAAUCAUAGCAGGCGUGGUUUGUCAUCCCACAGCAGCAAUCAUAGCACCAAUGCAUCAGACGACGAUCGUGAUGGCAACGACUGUUCGAGCAAUGACGAAGAGUAUGACAACUUUGUGCUACGCACUUCAAUCCGUAGCAGCCGCACCAGGAAUUCCACCCAUAGUAAUCAGGAAUGGAGAAACAAUACAAAAGACUUCUUCCGAGAUGAGUACCAAGACAUUAUGAAAGACAUUGUGGUGCGACAGGAAGAUGAGGCUGCUGCCACGUUGAAUGAUAUGCCCAAUUUGGACUGCACUGUGGGUGCUCCCAAGUCGCGGAGGGCGAGUCUCCAAGGUGUCCAUGAUUCCUUUCUGAUGUUUUCUCGCAAGCAAGCGGAUUGGAACAACGUUGACCAGUCCGUCAACCUCAUGGACGCCAGUUCGAUUGCCAAUCUGGACUACGAUCAUACCGCCGAAUCCUUUGGCAAAUCCUAUCGCAGAUCAUCCAUUCAUCAGUUUCAGAGUCCUUACCAGAAGGAGACCAUGUUGCAGAAAUGCCAAAGGCGAGUCACGGCCAGUUGUCCCAUUACCGUAACUACAGCAUGCCACAGAGAUCCUCGAAAACGCAACUUUGUUCUUCUGCUUUCUCUGCUGCUGAUUGGAAUGGCUUGUACGGCAUACACUGUCAUUCCAAUGAUAGCUUCAGACAUCAAAAACAAGAAAGAACACGGUGCGACAUUGCCACCAUUGAGCCGCGUCGAACAGUUCCAGUCCGUCUUAGUGGGAGUUUCCACUCCUGAACGGCUGCAGAAUGAAACUUCUCCUGCCAAUCAAGCUUUCCAGUGGUUACUUGAAGAAGAUCCAGCACAGUUGGAGCCGGAUGAUGUAGAGGUACCCGCAAGGUUUGCAUUGGCGACCAUGCACUUUGGGACUCAAAACGAAGCAUGGACCCGCAAUGGCCAUUGGAUGUCCGAAGCAAGCGUUUGUCACUGGUAUGGCGUCGAAUGCGAGGGCUCUAUGGUGACACAUCUGAACCUGACGAACAAUCACAUCUGGGGUGACUUUCCCAUCGAAUUCCAAGCGCUGAGUGAGCUGCGAGUGUUGGAUCUUUCAAAGAACCUUCAAUUGAAGGGUUCUCUCUCGGCUGAUCUUUUCACAGCUUGGAGCCAAAUGGAAUAUCUUCUGCUUCAGGAGAAUCGAUUUGGAGGUCGGUUGCCAGAAGAGAUUGGCGCACUCACUCGACUUACCCAGCUCUCGCUUUGGGGUAACGAGUUGAGUGGUCCAAUAGCGCCAACUUUGAACAAGUUGACCAAUAUGAGGGCCUUGAUGCUGCAGGAUAACAGCUUCAUUUCAACAAUUCCCGAUCUGUCCUCAUUGCAGGAGCUAGCCUAUCUACAUCUAGACGUCAACAAACUGACAUCUACGAUUCCAAGUUGGAUUGGAAAGCUCACGCAGCUUCGCGAUCUGAGAGUACACCAGAAUAGCCUUACUGGAACCAUCCCAAAAGAAUUGGCCAACGCCCAGAACUUAGGGGUCUUCUUCGCAGGGGACAAUCGAUUGGCAGGGUCGAUUCCAGAAAUCUUCCAAGAUCUUCCCGAACUGAGUGACUUGCAGCUCCAUCGAAACAUAUUCCGAAGCAGUCUUCCUACUUCCAUUCAGUACCUCACAAACCUCAGACGCUUCACGAUUGACCAUUGUGGCAUGACAGGAACACUGCCACCAGCAUGGCAAGCUCUUAGCAAGCUCCAAGUACUCGCAAUCAAUCACAACAAUUUGGUGGGCCCCCUUCCCACGACAUACGGCAACAUGAGGAGUCUGCGCGAUCUUUGGGUGAAUCACAACUUCCUGCAAGAAGCUAUUCCCAGCGAGCUCGGGAAGCUAACGGAUUCCCUGGUACGAUUAUAUCUCGAGAGCAACGCUUUCCAUUCGACCGUUCCGGCAGAGUUGGGAAAUCUCGACAAACUUGAACAGUUUCGCGUCUUUGAGACUCUAGUAACGGGGACCAUGCCCCAUGCAGUUUGUGACUUGGUGAACCAGGAUGACAACAAACUUGAGCAAAUCCAAGCAGACUGCGAGAAGGUUGUCUGCGAUUGCUGCACUACUUGCUUCUGA